AUGCUAGACAACCACAGCUACUACUUCCACUUACCCCACGAUGACGAUGACGACGACGAGGAUACUCGCUCGCCAUAUCCAAUCGUGCCGACGUUUCGAGAGUGGCCCUUCCCGCACGACCAGCUGCCGCCGUCUUGGACACAAACUGCACCGCCCGAAUUGUUGGAACAACCACAGACAUAUUCCGUUUCCAGUCUGACCAUGGCGCUGCGACAACGUGAUGUAACCUGCCGCAUCACCGGCUAUCGAGAAGGGCUUCAAACGGCGCAUGUGUGCCCCCAGGCGGAAGAAGAUUGGUACCUACGAAACAGCAUGCCGAGAUAUAAUUCUGGGAAUUCCGAAAGCGUUGAUAAUCCAGCCAAUGCUCUUCUUCUCCGCGCAGAUUUGCAUAUUGCUUUCGACAAGCCUAGCUUCGUCUUCGUCCCUAAACCCGCUAGUGUUGAAUCGCAACAGUUUGUUCUCCACCUGCUCGAGCCAUCUCAGGAAUUUGAAUCUCUAUAUCAUAAUCGAGCGAUGCAAAGUUUUAGGAGUGAGUGUGGAGCUCUUGUUUGCACGUUUGGCCUGGACCAUUUUCCCAUUAGUGGCCGGCUUCCUAAAGGGCAAGAUACAACGACGCCUACGAUUAAGCACGAUGAUAAACAAGGCAGAUGGGGCAGAGAUGGCAGCUUUCUUCGCGUCGGCAGAGCAGUGCGAGGAUCUAGUUUCGAGGACAUCCAAGUCUCGAAAUGUUAG